UGGAUAUAAAGGCCUGGCUUAUUUGGUAGCUUUAUUAGUUCAUUAAAGUAAAUCGCUUUGAAGAUACGAAUUAUUUUAGUUCAAGUAAGAUGUCGUGCUCUCUGUCAUUAAAAACAUUUGUUGGUAAAGUGGCUAUAGUUACUGGUACUUCUGCAGGAAUUGGUAAAGCUAUCGCUGAAACUUUGGUUAAACACGGUGUUAUAGUGGCAGGUCUAGCCAGAAGAGUAGAACGCGUGGAAGAACAUUCCAAACAACUCGGGAAUGAAAGUGGUAAAUUACACGCCUUCAGAUGUGACAUUACCAAUCAAGAAGAAAUAAUAUCGACCGUCAAGGAAAUUACAGAAAAACUGGGACCAAUAGAUAUUUUAGUUAACAACGCUGGAUUGGCUCGCGCUACCAACAUAAUAGAUGGUGACGUAGAAAAAUGGAAGUCAGUUUUGGAUACAAACUUGCUUGCUGUUGCCAUAUUCAUCAAAGAAGUUAUUGCCAACAUGAAGCUACACAAAACCAAAGGUCACAUCAUUAACAUAAACAGUAUUCUCGGUCAUUGGGUUGUAGAUAUGCCUUUGAUAAAUAUUUAUCCGGCUAGUAAGCACGCCAUCACAGCCUUAACGGAAACAGUAAGGCUAGAAAUCAAUCGAGAAAAACUGCCCAUUAAAAUUACUAGUUUAAGUCCUGGAUAUGUAAAAACAGAAAUAAUAGCGUCAGAAGAGUUUGCAAAAGAAGCUAUUCCUCAGAGUGUCGAAAUACAUAAAGGAUUAGAAAGUCAGGAUAUUGCUGACGCUGCCUUGUAUAUUUUGUCUACUCCUGAUCAUGUGAAUGUUAAUGAAUUAACUGUCGUUGUUCAGGGAAGACCAUAUUAAUUUUAUUUAGGAAAAAAUAAGUGUUUAUUGAAAGGUUUUUUUUUUUUUUAAUUGAAUAAUAAAGAUACUACUUAGAUACCAUAUUAA